CUGUUCAGACCCCGUCCUCCUCGUUCCAUCUGCGCUCCCUCUUUAAUUCACUCUCUCACUCUGUUGACAUGAAGUCCGUUUGAUUGAGCACCUUUUCGCCUCUGGUGCGCUCAGCACAAACCUCGCCUCCUCACACACUCUCACACAUGCGGCUGCCUGAAGUCAUGAUGGGACGCCCUGCUCGGCUCAGCUCUCUCAUGGUCCCUCCUCUCUGAGUGUCCCCUCCUUUAGAAUCUGAGGGGGACGGGUUCCCCAGCGGUUACGGAUCCAGGGACUCAAUCAUCAGAGCUGGUCCCAAGAGGGACUGGAAAAGACGGCGGUCCGGGCAGAUAAAGCGCACUGACAGCUACAGCAGCUGGGAUCAAGCCCCCGUCAGAGUUGMGGUCGGUCCAGAGAAGAAGCAGGCUGCGUUCGGACUGACUGGAGGUGCAGCCAUGCGCUGCUCCACCCUACUCGCCAUCUUCACGGGGGUCAUCCUGUACCUGGUGCUGGGCGCCGUGGUGUUUCAGUCCCUGGAGGCUCCCCUGGAGGAGGACGAGUACAUGAGCCUGCUGAGCUCCCUGCAGAACAAAUCCACGCACUUCCUGUUAAACAACUCCUGCAUCGACCCGGAAAUGCUACAGAACUUUCUGCAGGAGGUAGUGGAGGAACUGGACGCAGGUAUAAAUGUCAAAGACAACUCCACUUUUGUCAGCAAAUGGGACAUCGCCAGUGCCUUGUUUUUCUCAGGGACCAUCAUCACAACCAUUGGGUUUGGAAACAUCUCUCCCCAGUCGGACCUAGGGAAGCUGUUCUGUAUUUUCUACGCUCUAGUGGGGAUCCCGUUGUUCGGUAUCCUGCUCGCUGGAGUCGGGGACCAUCUGGGUACUGGCCUGAGGAAAACCGUUGCCAAAAUAGAGACCCUCUUCCUGAAGUGGCGUGUUAGUCCCACCAUUGUCCGGGUGAUUUCAGCUGUCCUGUCCAUCCUGCUGGGUUGCUUGGUCUUUCUUGCGGUGCCUACUUUGGUUUUUCAAAGAGUGGAGAACUGGACCCUGUUGGAAUCUGCCUACUUUGUGGUUAUCACGCUGACCACGGUGGGCUUUGGUGAUUACGUUGCAGGGGACCGGCGUGAGGAGGUUGACCCCGGUGAAGUCCUCAGUGAAGAACACUGGAACUACCUCUUUAGGAACCACCUGUACAAACCUCUGGUGUGGUUCUGGAUCCUGCUGGGUCUCGCAUACUUUGCCUCCAUCCUGACUAUGAUCGGUAACUGGCUUCGGGUUUUAUCAAAGAAGACCAGAGCUGAGAUGGAGGAACUGCGACAUCACGCCACGGACUGGACUCAGAACAUCCAGCAUAUGUCAGUGGACUUUCACAUCCCAGGGAAAAUUGACGACCCUUUCAAACGUCGCAGGCGAAAGCGCCGCCCUGCUCAUCGCAGCCGCGGCCACAGCACAUCAGCCAAUGGGGCGAAGGCCGACGGCGCCCCCGAGGAUCAAGGAGAACAGCAUGAAAGCGAAACAGAGUCCGGAUCGUACUCCUCUUAUUCUUCCAACUCUGAGUCUGGAUCAGAGUCAGACUCUCAAGCCACUCAGACCGACCGAGUUCCUGAGGAAAAGACUAAGGAGGAGGAGGAGCCUCCUCUGGAUGCCCACCUGUCACAACCUCUGGACUACUUUGGGGAGAACCUCGCCUUCAUCGAUGAGUCUUCAGACGCUCAGAGUGCUAAACUACACGUGGAUCCUCUCCUCCAUCCGAAAGAGCCUGGCUCUCGCCACGGGAAGAGGAGACGCCACAGACGACCUGUUCAUCGGAGGAGCUCUAAAACCAACGGCUCCCACGUUGACGGACAGCAGCCCAAUGGAAACGCAAGACCUGUUCCAGAUCUUCCACUGAAGCCUCAAAACUGAUGUAUGCAGGUGUAGUCUCAGUCAUCCAGGACAUGAUAUAAAAAAAAAGGUUACAAAACAAAACAACUGGAUUUCUGUUGUGUAGCUGAAGAUGUUUUACCUUCCAUCAGGGGAGCUUUCUUAAUUCUUACAGAGGAAAAAAAAAGUUAUAAAAUGAGUAAAAUAAUUGAACUAGGAAUGGCUCUUUACUGUCCACAGCCUGGUUCUUAACGCUUGCUGUAAGGAGCCUUUCAAAAGAUUUGUUUCAUUCGAAAACUCCCCAUCUCUACUUUGAACAAAAUGCCCCAAUUUUUAUCACACAACUACAAUAAGAGCCAAUUCCACAGCUUUUGGUGGAGUAUGCAGGCCUUAACUUAAUCUGCAUGUGAAUUUAGAUUACAUAACUGCGUUUCACAUACAGUUUACAGCUCACCRAGUGGUAGGUGAAAUGUCUAACUAUCAAAUAGUUUCUGUUGUUUUGCUUUUUAACCACUGUCUUGAUAAGUCCAAUCAACUUGUCAGAAAAAUAUCCUGGUAAAAGAAAGGUUCGCGCUAAACUAAGAUGAAAACACGACGUUAAAGCCUUUUAACCUUUGAGUGGUUUGCUGUUUAAUUUCACUUUCAGCAUGUGUGUAUGCCUCAGCCAAAUGAUGCAAGGUUUUCGAUGGCAGUGUUCUCCUCGCUUCGUGAGGAGAUUCUGCUCUCUACUGGGCUACAGCUGUACUGCACCAUCACUGUGUCCAAACACAUUUACUAAUCCAGAAACUGCAACCGAAACGAUCAGAAUGCUUUCAUUUGCAGCGUGAUCACUCAUUUCUGAGACCAUAACUCUGGAAUCCUGCCAACAAUUAAACGGGUACUAAACACGCUCUUGAUUGUAUAUUUUUUGUAACAGUUUUUAAAACAAAUGACAGCGUAUAACCAUACUAUUUGUGUUUUGAUUGCCAAGUUCAUUAGUCUUGAUGCAUAUAGGUAAUAAAGAAUUUUUAAAAAGUAAA